AUGGACGAGGAAAUAAAAAAGCAUUGUAGUUUGUUAAUGUUUGAUAUGCCUCCCCCGACUCCACAAAAAGACCGCUCUUUAAUGAUUGAUUUCACUAGUUCUCUAGAGAACAGUAAUAUUAGAAGUGACAAUAAUUUUGUCUUUACUUCCUUUGUCGAGCCAAUUAAGGUUAAGCGCUCAUUAAAGAAAACAAAAAAAAAUAAUGACGACGACUAUGGUGACCGCAACAAAAAUAUAUUAAACCUUCCAAUUACAAGUCCCCUGAAUAAUUUUAUCGAUGAAACCAAACAAACACAAUUAUCCGAGAAAAAACAUAUACGUCGGCCACCUAACGCAUUCAUUCUAUAUCGUCAAGCUAAACAGCCGGAACUUACGGCAGAAAUGGGGCAUAUGCCAAAUACGGAAAUCUCAAGGAUUUUAUCCGUUAAAUGGGCCAACGAACCAGAAAAAGAAAAAUUACAUUGGCAAAAACAAGCGGAUAAGAUGAAAAUGGAGCAUGCUCUAGCCAAUCCUGGCUACGUUUAUCGACCAAGUCCGAGAAAAUCUCCAUUUAAAACGGAAAACAAAAAAGGAAAUCGAGGUACAAAGAAAAAACGUAAAUCUCAAUCAACAUGUGAGCAGCCGGUUUCCAAUUUCAUUAAUUCUUCCAUUGUCAAUGCUGGGGAGAUUAUUAAUGUGGUCAGCAGUAGCGAAGAAAGUUCCUUACAAUCACCUUUCUUUGUUGAAUCAAAUAAUUUUCAUCCCGUAUUCUAUGAUUCUAACAAUCUCACUCCUCAACCAUAUUUUUCAAAUAACGAUGGUUUAAUUCCAAACCAAUUGAUAAAUAUAAAUGAAGAUGAAAUAACGGCAAAAUUAGAUGCCACCUUCUUUUUUAAUCCCAAUUUUUCACAAAAUUGGCAUUCACAAGAUCCGAAUCAUUUAUGUGAUAUGCCAAUUCAACAACAAUGUAAUUUUCUUUAUUACAGUUAUUCUCCCGAGAAUAAUAAUCUCCAAACAGCCGCUCAGUCAAUGGAUUAUUAA